UUAUGCUGUGAUGCAGAGGGGCCCCUGCCGGAGAGGUGUAGAUAUUCUGUCAUCUUGUACUAGGCUGCUUCCACGACAGGAGGAACAUCAGUAACCAAAGCUGCUGCUACCACCAAUCAAGAAAGGAAGCGUGUGGGAGAAGCAAUGCGUGAGUGCAUCUCUAUUCACAUUGGCCAAGCUGGAGUUCAAAUUGGCAAUACUUGCUGGGAACUCUUCUGUCUGGAGCAUGGCAUUCAGCCAAAUGGCACCUUCAUCGAUCAACCCAGUGAUGAUGACUCUUUUGCCACAUUCUUCAGAGAGACAAGCUCUGGAAAAUAUGUGCCCCAUGCUAUUAUGGUGGACUUGGAACAAACAGUAAUAGAUGAAGUGCGGACUGGCACCUACCGGCAGCUUUUCCAUCCGGAACAGCUUAUCUCUGGAAAAGAAGAUGCAGCAAAUAAUUAUGCACGUGGUCACUACUCUGUUGGCAAAGACAAAAUUGACAUGGUAUUGGAUCGUAUCCGUAAGACGGCAGAUGCCUGUUCUGGGCUGCAAGGGUUCCUGAUCUUCCACAGCUUUGGUGGAGGUACCGGGUCUGGCUUUACCUCCUUACUAAUGGAACGACUCUCCAUUGAAUAUGGAAAGAAGUCCAAACUGGAGUUUGCAAUCUACCCAGCCCCACAGGUCUCCACCGCUGUGGUAGAGCCCUACAAUUCCAUCCUGACCACACAUACCACCCUGGAGCACUCGGAUUGCACAUUCAUGGUGGAUAAUGAAGCCAUCUACGACAUCUGCCACCAAAACCUGGAUAUUGAGUGUCCCACGUACACCAACCUCAACCGCCUCAUCAGCCAGAUGGUCUCUUCUAUCACGGCUUCACUGCGCUUCGAUGGUGCCCUCAAUGUGGAUCUGACAGAGCUCCAGACAAACCUGGUGCCCUAUCCGCGCAUCCACUUCCCUUUAGUCACCUAUGCCCCCAUCAUCUCUGACAGAGCACAUCAUGAGCAGCUCUCAGUGGCUGAAAUCACCAGUGCCUGCUUUGAGCCCAACAACCAGAUGGUGAAGUGUGACCCAAGGCACGGCAAGUACAUGGCCUGCUUCAUGCUGUACCGUGGUGAUGUGGUUCCCAAGGAUGUCAAUGUCGCAAUUGCUGCCAUCAAGACCAAGAGAACCAUCCAGUUUGUCGACUGGUGUCCAACAGGCUUCAAGGUUGGGAUCAACUAUCAGCCUCCUACAGUUACACCAGGAGGAGACCUAGCCCAGGUCGAGCGAGCAGUCUGCAUGCUGAGCAGCACCACAGCCAUUGCAGAGGCUUGGGCCAGGCUCAACCACAAGUUUGAUCUGAUGUAUGCCAAGAGAGCUUUUGUGCACUGGUAUGUUAGUGAAGGCAUGGAGGAGGGAGAAUUUGCAGAGGCCCGAGAAGACCUGUCUGCCCUGGAGAAGGAUUAUGAAGAAGUGGUAACUGGCUGACUUGAAGAAAAUUAGGCAGUGGAGUCUUAAAAAUCACUCUGCCUUUUUCUGUGCAUGA